UUUUUUAUCCAUCUCUCUCCUAAAUCGCUACCCCUCCCCCCCUCUCUGUGUUAACCACUCUUUGGAAUUCUUGAUUGCUCUUUGCUACCUUCUUUACUCGGGAAAAUGUUUCAGAUUUUCAAGAAGGGGCUUUAAUUGGAUUGAAUUUUGACUGAAAAUGGAUGGGGAUGCAUUUAUAGGCAUUGGCAACGAUAUGCAAGUAGAUAACUAGGUGUUGCAAACGUUCCAAAGAGCUUUGUUCAAGUUCAGAACAUCCUAGAUCAUAACAGGUUGCUCAUCAACGAGAUAAACCAGAACCAUGAGUCGAAGGUCCUGGACAAGUGGUUGAUCUCCAUGUUGAUCUUUCGAGCUCCUUUACUAAAUCAGUUGAAGUUUCAUCUGAUGGGGAUUCAAAUGAGAUAUUAAAAUCGGACGAAAAGCUAGGACACAAAAGAAUUAUGCCCGGCUAGGAACUAAAGCCUUGGGCACGCCGCCUGCCUACACUUCGCAAACUCUCUGUACUAAUUCUUUUACACCUGGGAAUGAAGAAAUUUUCAAUAUCAAUGCAAGUAGAUAGGAUUAUGUAACUCCUGUAUCUAUACUGGGGAAAUUUUCAAUAUCCAAAGAUCGCAUUUGUGGUGUUUAUUUGUGACAGAAUUUACGCUUUGUUUAUAAAAAUUCAGAAAAAGAACAUGAGUGCGUCUAGUGAGGACGAGACUUCGCUUUUCUUUUCCGCAGAUCGGUCGAUCGUUCUCGCCUUCACUCUUUCGUGUAAUAUUAUUUCGAUCAGAUAAACCCUAAUUGAAUCUGAAGUUGCGAGGGCCCAAAUUGAGCAGUUCGUCAGCGUCAGUGACAAAAAUGGAUGCAAUGUAGAGAGCUUCAUUGGGGAAACUAGAGUUAUUGUUUGAUCACAAAGCGCAAGCAACUAUUCUCUUUUGGUUUUUAUUGUUGAUUUGAAUAUACUCUUCUAAUAUGGAGAUUUCAUUGCCACUUCUGCUGAUGGGUUAUCUAGAUUUGGGUUCUUUUCUUUUUGGGAAGUUAUGCUUAUUUGUCCAAUUCACUGUUACUGGGGCUUCGGGACAUUCAUUGAUUCAGAUAUAAGUUUGUGAAGAUUGGAUCUUGUGAAUUUAGAGUAUUUGAUUGCGAAAAGGUGAAGAGAUUAAGAAUUGUCUUCUGGAAUUGGGAAAAUUUAUUGGCUUUAGUUUGAGUCAGGAAAUUCAAAACUGAGGGUAACAGAAAAGUUCGGAUUUGAAGUUAAAGUUUCAAGAAUUGGCAAAGUUGUUUGAAAUUCCAAAAGUUUCACUUUGAAAAGCAUUUCGAAUCGUGCAGGGGCAUCGGAUAUUGGAUAUAACUUGAAGGAUUUUCCAUGAGCUUUAAGCAAUAAAGAAAUUGGAAUUUUGACAUCGGAGAAGUAGAUUGAGAGUGCUUGAGAACUCCAAGGAGGUUGAGUUUUGUGAGGGAUUGAAGAACUUUGGAAUUUAAAAAUUGAUCCAAAAAAAAAAAACUUUGGAAUUUAAAAAGAUAUAAACGUCAUGUUCUAUGGGGCGAUUGUGUGGGAUCCUUUGCUCAUUGUCUCACAGAUUUUGUGCCUUCAAUGUUUAUACUAUCUUACUCUUGGACUAUCCAUGUUCAUUCUUGUUGGGACCCGUGUAUCUCGAAUGAGCCUUGUCUAUUUCUUCGAUUAUGCUACUCUGACUGCUUCUACAGUCACUGGCUGGUGUGUCAUUACUUCAUUUUUACUCAGCGCACUUGCAGGGGCUUGUUAUAUCCUUUAUCUGAUUGAGAGAGCUAAAAAGUGCUUAGAUUUUUCAGCCACUAUCUACAUUAUACAUCUCUUUAUGUGCAUCGUUUAUGGAGGGUGGCCAUCCUCAAUUACAUGGUGGGUUGUUAAUGGUACUGGUCUUGCAGUGAUGGCUUUGCUUGGUGAGUGGUUGUGCAUAAGACGUGAGCUGCGAGAAAUCCCUAUUACACGAUAUCGAUCAAAUGUUUGACUGACAAGAGAAACUCCACAGGCAAGGGGAUAUGUAGCAGACUCUGUUGCGGAUGAAUGAUAAAAGCUUCUUCGUUGCUUUGGCGGAGUGUUUGGAUAAGGCUCAUGAAAUGCCAAACUCGUAAUGUAUCUUAGGGGGCGUUCUUUUUUUGGAUUUUGAGAGGGGGGAAAGUUGGUCAAUGGCAUACCAAGAAUCCCAUUCUCUUU